AGAUAGAGUACCUACCUAGUUAUGGAAGCUAUUCGGAAUCCAGGCCUAUACUAGGAUAGACUUCACAAUAAACACAUCAAUCACAACUGGGUUUUAGUUCAAGCUGCUGCUUACCCCAAUUAGGUUGCAUUUUGCUUAGAGAUAAAAGAAGGGUUACAACCUCCUCCAGCCAUAAUGGCCGCCGUCAUAUCGUCAGCCACCCCGGACGCCCCCCUGCAGUCCCGCAUAGUCGACGACAAGUCCCCAAUAUGCAUACCUUUCAUAUUGGAGCGCCUGUCCGUCUGGAGGAAAGCACGGGAGGAGAAUGACAGACGGCCGUUCUUCAUCGGCCUGAAUGGUGUCCAGGGUGUCGGCAAGACGACCCUCGUCCGCGCCCUGGCCGAGACGCUACAGCAGCGCGAGAUGCUCGAGACCAUCGUCGUGAGCAUCGACGACUUUUACCUCGGUCACCAGACUCAGCUCGCUCUUGCCGAGUCACAACCAGACAAUUCUUUGAUUCAGUAUCGGGGAGAGCCUGGUACACAUGACAUCGAGUUGAUGCAGUCAUUCUUUACCGCCGUCAUCAAUGGUCAGCCUACCAAGAUUCCCCAAUACGACAAGGGGGCGUACUCGGGCCUCGGCGAUCGUGCACCCGAGUCCACCUGGCCCAGCAUAAACGGCCCGGACCAACGCCCCGUCCAGGUCGUCUUGGUAGAGGGUUGGUGCGUCGGGUUCCGCGCCCUCAAGCCCGAGGCCGUCGUCGAAAAGUGGCGCAGCCCCGACACCCGGACGCUCAGGAACCACAGGACGGAGCAUCUUCUGUUCGUCAACGAGAAGCUCGGAGCCUACGAUGACGUGCUCACGAAUAACUUUGAUGCAUUCGUCCAUAUUGAUGCCCAGCAGCUCGAGUAUGUCUACGAUUGGAGGCAGGAGCAAGAGGCGCAGUUGAGGAAUGAAAGGGGAACUGGAAUGUCUGAUGAGCAGGUGGUUCGCUUUGUUGACGCUUACUAUCCUGCGUAUGAGCUGUACUCUGAUGGAGUGCGUGCCGGCGUGUUGCUACCGGAACGGCCCGGCUGUCAGUUGACUUUGAUCGUGGAUAGACAUCGUCGUGUCGUGGAGCACUUUGUUCUGUAAAGACUCAUACAUCACUUCCUCGUCACAAGUGGAAAAUAGCAAGCAAGAAAAGUCGACAUUUUCAGUAAUACAUGGUAAAAGCAAAUGAGGGCAAACAUCUAAAGUACCGCUCUGGCCCUUCUAACACAGUUCUUCUCGGGACAUGACGAAUCUCGCUCCUCUCCGCAUUUCUUGCUCUGUGGUCAUAGCUCAUCAAUCAUAUACGUUCAUAAACAGAUAAAUACCCCAGCUAAGCGAACUUCCUCCAAUGUCAAGAAGAGUAAAGGGAUGACAUCCGACUCACGACGCGCCGGUCAUAAUGGCAACAGAAAUUGCCCUUAUUGUCACAUAGCGACAGCUUGUGAACCUUUCUCAUCACCACAUCAUCGAUGCUUUGUAACAGCUCAUUAUGUCAUCUCAUAUGUUGAUGUCCUUCCCUUUCAUCAUACCUUCGCCCUCAUGUUUCAGACUCGUCAAGGCUUGCUCGAUCUUUUCUGUCCUGUUUCGCACAGCUUGCUCUCUGGCGGAGAUCUGGCCCUCAAAAUGACUGACGAUUUCGCGCUUCUCUCGCCGGGCUGCUUUGAUCUCGCCCACGAGUUCGCCAAACCUGCCCAGGAACCAGUCGCCACAUUCAUCCCACUCGCUCACUGAAAGCCGGGUAAAGAAGUGAUGCUGUGAGUUCUCAUCCUGAUUCUGAUAGUGAGAUAGCUUCUGAACCAGUGUGUCUCCCGACGAUGGUGUGUUGGUUCUUUGGAUCGCGGAGCGAGCCGGGUCAUGAUCGAAAGAUUCGUUUCGAAGCUCGGUAUAAUCCAUCCUGGAUAGUGCCUGAUCGUCGUAGUCCAAACUAAGGCGACGCUUUUUUUGAUGGGUCACAGUGAGCUGCUCGCGGUUGCUAUUCACGCGUGGACCGGCGGUCUGGCGAGAGCCGUUGGCUGCCGAUGGAGGAAAGCUGUGCUGCCUAGUGGCGGUGAGGGAGACUGGAGGCACGGAAGUUACGCCGUUUGUCUGAGGCCAAUUGUUUGUCAAAGGCGGGGGGUAGCCAGCAAUUGCGUCUCUUCCAAGACCAAGAGAUGCUUUGCUCUUGCUCGGGCGUGGUGUUCGCUGUUCUGCUAGAGCCUCGUCUUCUUGAGACGCCGCGUCACUUUGAUCUUCUGGAGGCACAGGUGUCUGCUGUGCAGUUUCCAGAUCAAAGAACUGCGUGGAUCUGUGAUGAUGGCUCAUAUCUCGCGAGCGACGAUCGGCGUGGGCCCUGGUGGGUUUAUCACGUCCGUUCUGGUGAUGCUCUGGGGAGACAGACGGAAACGCCUCUUGGCGAGAAAAUAUCGGUGCCUCCACGUAGGACCGUCUUCGGCCAGCGUCUUGGUAGCUCUGAGCGACGUCUCUAGCGUCACGAAUUGCGAUCUUACUGUGCUUGAGUUGCUUCCUGGGCGUUGACUCUGCGUCGGAUCUAUCGGCAAAGGGUUCGUCUAGAAUUGUGUUUGCCUCGAUGCGCUUGCCGUUUUGCAGGCUACCGUGGACGAGUGCUGUGCUGCCUCCCUUGGAAUGAUCAACACUUCUGAUAUAGCCGUUUUCGUUCAGGAUGAAGGGACCGUGUUCUCCGCUGUGAGUUGAUACGGGUAGAAAAUUACGCUCAUGCUGAAACGAUGGCGGUUGUGUCCGAGGCGCAUGUGCCCGAGGUUGAGGCGCUGGGUCUACUCGAGGUUCAUAGGGAACCAUCCGCUGUUGAUCGCGCUCCGAUUGCCUUUCACUAUCAAGUAGAGACCCUAUGGUAGAGUCCUCCCAAGUAUCGUGAUGGGGUCGGCCAGACGGAGGAGGUCCACGGACACCAUCCGAGUUUGCACGUAUGUGCUGAGAAGUCUGGGCUUGAGCUAGACCUGAAGACGGAGCCCUUGGUAAGCUUGAAGCCGUCGGCUGGCUUGCUGCCUGACGUAGACCAAACUUUGGGACCGGUAGUUUGUGGGCAUCUGCCAGCUGCUGAUGUGACCCCUGUCGCUGAUGAUGCACUUGGGUACGUGGUGGCGUUUGUUCCUGCUGCUGCGGCGGCUUUUGCGGUUGCUGCAGCUGUUGAUGGAAAUGCUCCUGAAGCUGUUGGUUCUGGAAGAGUUGUACGGGCUGCUGCCUUUGAUGAUUCUGUUUUUGCUGCUGCGUCUGUGAUGCUGGUUCAGGCCCUCCACUUUGGGUUCCAGUUUGGGCACCACCAUCUUUGGGAUGGCGGAUGAAGGAAAGCAUCCUGUUUGGGAUACCAGGCAUCUUAUUCGACACACUGGGCAAUUUCAGUGUUGUCGUCAGGCAGGAACAGCGCGACGUGGCUAACCGUGUUGCCUCCACUCACAGGCAGAGGGUUUGUUUGUGUGCCUGUCCUGAUUCGAGUCGCAACGACGCGUUCUGAAACCUGUUUCCAGCUUGACACGAGAGUAUGUACCGAUAAAUGAGCCAGUGAGUGACAUGUGUACAUACAGACACCUCAGGCGGGAAUUGGUUUUGGCGACGUUCCCUCUUAUGUAUGGCCAGAAUUCUGCAGCCUCUGGUUCAGAUCGCCAACCAAAGUGGUUUACCGCCUUGGGUGUAGGUACUCUGGGUAAGGCACCCAGAUAGAGCCCGUCUAGGUUUUGUCAAGGCGAUUGGGUGGCAAUGCUGAACAAAGAGUUGAUGGUUUUUUUCCCCAUAGCCUUGAAAAGUAACAGAGAUAGCAGGUUGAUUGGCCAGUACGCCUGUGCAUACACUACCCUCCCCGACGUGGUUCAAGUGAAG